UAUUAGCUGACGUUUGUUACCCUCUCCGCAUCUGUCUUUUUGUUUCGGCCAUUUUUGCCGAAAGGUUGGUGUUCUUAUUCGGUCACGCAUCCUUUCGUGGCCGUUAGAUCACAUUUAUAAAGUUCAAUCAAGAUGGUGCAGAAGAAGCCUAAGAAGAAGGUUGGAAAGAAAGUAGCGGCUGCUCCUCUAGUCGUGAAGAAAGUUGAACCUAAAAAGGUUGUAAAUCCUCUCUUCGAGAAGAGAACAAAGAAUUUUGCGAUCGGCCAAGAUAUCCAGCCGACCCGUGAUCUUUCCCGGUUUGUAAAAUGGCCCAAGUACAUUCGCAUCCAGCGCCAGAAGGCCGUACUCCAACGCCGUCUCAAGGUGCCGCCACCAAUCAACCAGUUCACCCAGACCUUGGAUAAGACCACAGCAAAGGGUCUGUUCAAGAUCCUCGAGAAAUACAGACCAGAGACUGAAGCAGUCAGGAAGGAACGCCUGAGGAAAGCUGCUGAAGCUAAGGUUGCCAAGAAGGAAGAGCCACCAGCGAAGAGGCCAAACACCAUUCGCUCUGGUACCAACACCGUCACCAAGUUGGUUGAGAAGAAGAAGGCUCAGCUAGUUGUGAUUGCACAUGACGUCGAUCCCAUUGAGUUGGUACUUUUCCUGCCAGCCUUGUGCCGUAAAAUGGGUGUGCCGUACUGUAUUGUCAAGGGUAAAUCCCGUCUCGGAGCCCUUGUACACAGGAAGACCUGCACAUGCUUAGCUCUGACGCAUGUGGAGUCUGGUGACAGAGCCGCCUUCUCCAAGGUGGUUGAAGCCAUCAGAACGAACUUCAACGAGCGCUACGAAGAGCUCCGCAGGCACUGGGGCGGUGGUGUGCUCGGUAACAAGUCUAACGCGCGUAUCGCUAAACUCGAGAAGGCUAAAGCACGCGAGAUCGCGCAGAAACAGGGCUAAGACUAAAUAAAUACUUAUAAAUACACAA